ACAUGACACAUAACGCAAUCUCAUAGAGCCAGUCAGACCGGAGAACCGAGUUUGUCCGAGCCGAGCCUGGACAGAGACAACGAGCACGUGAAAACCAGUCAGUGCCUCGAAAAUGCCCACCAUGUAUGCUGCUCUGUAUGCCUGCUUGCUGUUCUGGUGCCUCGACGCUGUUGGAGCAGAGCUGGCUCCACCACAGCAAGUGACCAUGAUGGCCUUGAACACCAAUUACACACUGUGUUGGGACUGGGACCAGAGUGCUGCAGAGAGUGAUGCUGUCACCUUCACCACACAAUAUGUCGCGAUGUUCAAGCUGAAGUCCAAGAAAAAGAGUCCGAACUGGAGCAUGGCGUGUGAGAACACACCACACAGGUCAUGUGACCUUUCAGCGUUCAACUUGCACUAUUUGGGCAUCUACGUACUUCGUGUACGAGCCAGUGCGAAUGGACGUCACUCUGACUGGGUGCUAAAGGAAUUCUGCCCUGAUAAAGAUGCUGCUGUGGGUCCUCCCUCCAAAGUGGAUCUUUCUCCUGCUGGAAGCGACCUGGACGUUUUCAUCUCAGACCCUCUGACCAGCACCAACAGCUCCAUGAAGGAACAUCUUUCCAAGCUGUACUACCACAUCCUUUACUGGGAACGUGUUGUAGACACACAGGCUUUAAGAACUGAAACGUUGAGUAGCAGUGCCAACGUGGUGACUUUGCCAAACCUGCAAGCCUGGACUUGGUACUGUGUCAGCGUCCAGUCACGCGAGGACUACUACAACAAAAGCAGCAGCUUCACCUCACCACAGUGCAUGCAGACUGAAGUGACGUUCUCCUUCGUGUGA